GGUUGGUUGUGGUAGAUUCAUUCAGUAAUUUUAAUUUGUUGUCCGGAUGUCUUCCACGACGUUAUCUGCCACCGUCCAAGCGUUAUCCGCUAUCUUUUGCACUGAUGGUCUUCCGCAGACUAUUGUUUCCGACAAUGGCCCACAAUUCAUGUCUGCAGAAUUUCAGUCAUUCUGCAAGGCCAAUAGUAUUCAACAUCUGACGACCGCGCCGUUUUCGCCACAGUCAAACGGUGCCGCUGAACGAUUGGUCAGGACUAUCAAGUCACAGAUGUUGAAGUUGGAAGAUUCGCAUUCUCGGGAGGACGCGUUAUUGCUCUUUUUGUCCUCGUAUCGCUCUCAGCCCCGAGAUGGUCGCUCGCCGCCUGAGUUGCUCCACGGUCGUCAUCAUCAUCGAACCUUGAUGUCUUUGCUACAUCCGCCGCAUCAGGUUCCUGUGCAGCGGCAGACACCUGCUUUUGCUCCAGGCGACGUUGUCUACUAUCGCCACUAUCGAGGUUCAAGGCGUUGGCUCGGAGGGCUCAUUCUUCGCUGCCUGGGCCGCGCUAUGUAUCUGGUUUUGGGGGCCUCUGGUGAGGUGCGCCGGCAUCUCAACCAGCUGUGCCUCUGUCGUCGCACGGGAUCUGCCGCUCGACGUCUGCUUUCAGCGACGGUGCCGUCCGGUCAGCGCCCUGGGGACCCGUCUACUGGCUCGCCUCAGCCCCAGGUGUUACUGACGCUGCCUUCCAUUUUGCCCCAUGGCGACGCGCCGCCGCCACCGCCACCGCCGCCGCCGCCGCCGCCGCCGCCUGUUCUCCCGCCGGCUACGCCCGCAGUGGACGCAUCGCUGCAACCGCCGGGCGCCCCCCUGGGUCACGCGCCGCCGAUCGCUUGCCGUGACUAGUUGUCCUCCGACAUGGAACUUUUGCCCGCCCGUCGGGUGCCCCGUCCCGAUGGAAGUCGACCCUUCGGCCACUCCUGUCUAUCUACGGGCGCAUACAGCACAUGUUGGCGUGCACCAUAGAGCAGGUUUUCAGGCGUUUCCUAGCUCCCCGCGGUCCGGAUGGCAGGGUGCGGGUGGCACAGCCUCGCCUAUUGUUAGGCUCCCCACCUCAUCGCAUACGUCUACAUGGGGUCCUCCCCACGGCGGGCGGAAGCCUUAUGCCACAAACAUACGCUGAUUUGCGGGGGAGGAAUGUGGUGUCACCGCCAGACACCACACUUGCUAGGUGGUAGCCUUUAAAUCGGCCGCGGUCCGGUAGUAUACGUCGGACCCGCGUGUCGCCACUAUCAGUGAUUGCAGACCGAGCGCCGCCACAUGGCAGGUCUAGAGAGACUUCCUAGCACUCGCCCCAGUUGUACAGCCGACUUUGCUAGCGAUGGUUCACUGAAUAAAUACGCUCUCAUUUGCCGAGACGAUAGUUAGCAUAGCCUUAAGCUACGUCAUUUGCUACGACUAGCAAGGCGCUAUUAUCAGUUACUAUUGAUAUUGUAAAUCACGUACCGUGAAAACCGACGUUCGUCAUUAAUGGAUUAAAGUUAAGUAUUCCACCAGCUA